GCUCAUUUGAGUAGAGACUCUCGUUUGACACAAGCAUUUAAGAUUUUAAGGAUAUGGUUCCAUACCAAUUUGUUAUAUGCACUGUCAUGAUUCUCUUAUUUACUCAAUUCAUAUGAGACUUUUGACAGUAUUUCCAACAAAAAUAUCUUCGACUUAAUUGUGUCUUGGGUUCAAAGAGCCUUCUUAUAGCGCUGAACACUUCAAAAACUCUUGAACGAGCAGCACGUGAGAUGGAAUAUCUCAACACCCUCUUCGGAAUAAUCUUUCCUCUUCUCAUCUUUUUCUAUCUUCUCUUCACUUGUUCCCGGAGAUCAGUCGCUCAACGGAAGAGGCUCCCACCGAAGGCUGGUGGCGCUUGGCCAGUGAUUGGCCACCUCCAUUUACUAAAUGCAAGUGAGCCAACUCACAUAACAUUAGCCAAAAUGGCGGAUGCAUAUGGACCAAUGUUCACAUUUAGGUUCGGUAUGAAAAGGGCGUUGAUUGUAAGCAAUUGGGAUCUAGCAAAAGAGAUCUUUACGACAAACGACAGAAUCUUCGCGUCUCGUCCAAAGCUUGUAGCCUCAAAAAUCCUUGCCUAUGACUAUGCCAUGAUGGGAUUCAGCCCGUACAGUCCACACUGGCGCUAUGUACGAAAAAUAGCCACACUCGAACUCCUGACGAACCACCGUGUGGACCAGCUCCAAUACAUAAGAGCAUUUGAGGUCGAGACAUGGAUGGAGGAACUUUAUGAGUUAUGGAGGCUCAAUAACAAAGGUGAAAAAGUGGUGGUGGAAAUGAAAAAGAGAUUGGCAGACGUAACGCUGAAUACAAUGUUCAAGAUGGUGAUUGGGAAGAAAUUUUCCUCUAUGGAGUAUGGUAAUGAAAAGUUUCAAAAGGUGUUGAUAGAGUUCUUUGGAUUGUUUGGUAUAUUUAUUCUAUCGGAUUCGUUUCCAUUUCUGAGUUGGUUAGACUUGGGAGGACAUAAGAAAGUCAUGAAGAAGACAGCCAAAAUAAUGGAUGAGGUGUUUGAUAAAUUCCUCAAAGAGCAUCGGGAGAGGAUAAAUAAUUUUGGUGAACUACCGGCGGCGGAAAAGGACUUCAUGGAUGUUAUGAUUUCUACAGUUGAAGACGAUGGACAACAUUUCAAUUGCCAUGUUGAUACUGUUAUUAAAGCUACAUGCUUGAAUAUGAUAUUAGGUGGAUUUGACACAACAACAGUUACAAUGACAUGGGCUCUUUGUUUACUUCUCAACAAUAAAGAAGCACUCAAGAAGGCUCAAGUUGAAUUAGAUGAACAAGUUGGGAGAGAAAGACAAGUGAAAGAGACGGAUUUGAAAAAUCUACCAUAUCUCCAAGCUAUUGUUAAGGAAACUCUACGAUUGUAUCCUGCUGCACCACUGUUAGUCCCUCAUGAAUCUAUAGAAGAUUGCACAGUUGCUGGCUAUCACAUACCUAAAGGAACACGCCUCAUAGUUAAUGUUCAAAAACUUCAAAGAGAUCCACUUGUUUGGGAGGAUCCAUUUGAAUUUCGACCAGAAAGAUUUUUAACAAGUCAAAAGAAUUUUGAUGUUAGAGGACAAAAUCCCCAAUUCAUACCGUUUGGAAAUGGUCGAAGGAUGUGCCCUGCAAUCUCAUUUGCACUUCAAAUAAUCUAUCUUACACUCUCAAACUUUCUUCAUGGGUUUGAAAUUGAUAGACCAUCAGAAGAACUACUUGACAUGGAAGAGAGUAUUGGAUUGACAAGCCUUAAAAAAACCCCACUCGAAGUUGUUUUAACUCCACGCCUACCUUCACAUCUUUAUGGUUAAUAUUUUUUCUUGUCCUUUUUUUUAAGUUUAAUUUGAUGUAAUAAAAAGAAAAUGGUGGGGUGGGGUAAUAAUUCACCCUUAUUUUAAAUUAUAUCAAGUUUAGUUUUCUUUCA